GGAAUAUGUGCAUUUAAGAAGACACGAACUAUUAACAUGGACUGGAUGAAUGUAUGGAUCCAUUGCGAAUGUUUAGUCCAUGGUUGAUGGGCGUUUCGCUUCAGACGCUGUCAAUGUUCUGUCAACUAAUAACUUUUUUUACAAUUGUUGACUGUUUCAAACAAUUGAGAUUAUAUACUGUAUUACUUACUUUACAAAGUUGUAAAAUAUUUAAAUAAUUCAAGAUGACAGAUUCAAAGUAUUUUACUACUACCAAAAAGGGUGAAAUAUUUGAACUUAAGUCAGAAUUGAAUAAUGAGAAGAAAGAGAAAAAGAAAGAAGCUGUGAAGAAGGUCAUCGCUUCCAUGACUGUGGGUAAAGAUGUAUCAGCGCUCUUCCCUGAUGUAGUCAACUGUAUGCAAACAGACAACUUGGAACUGAAAAAGCUAGUGUAUUUGUACCUGAUGAAUUACGCCAAAAGUCAACCAGACAUGGCCAUCAUGGCUGUCAACACAUUUGUUAAGGAGCUAGCGACAUCUCCGAUGAUAAAGGAUUGCGAGGACCCAAAUCCGCUGAUUCGCGCAUUAGCAGUUCGUACAAUGGGAUGUAUACGCGUGGACAAGAUUACGGAGUACCUCUGUGAGCCACUGCGAAAAUGCCUGAAGGAUGAGGACCCAUAUGUUCGUAAGACUGCAGCUGUAUGCGUGGCCAAGCUUUAUGAUAUUAAUGCAGCUUUAGUCGAGGAUCAGGGAUUUUUGGAUCAAUUGAAAGAUCUUUUGUCAGACAGUAAUCCCAUGGUUGUUGCAAAUGCUGUAGCUGCUCUCUCCGAAAUCAAUGAAGCAAGUCCAAGCGGGCAACCUCUAGUCGAGAUGAAUGCUCAGACUAUUAACAAAUUAUUAACAGCUCUCAAUGAAUGUACAGAAUGGGGUCAGGUUUUCAUUUUGGACUCACUGGCAAAUUACUCGCCCAAAGACGAACGUGAAGCACAAAGUAUCUGUGAACGAAUUACUCCACGCUUAGCUCAUGCUAAUGCUGCAGUUGUUCUAUCUGCUGUUAAGGUAUUAAUGAAAUUAAUGGAAAUGUUACAAUCAGAGUCUGAUUUUGUUGGCACUUUAACGAAGAAAUUAGCACCGCCACUUGUAACAUUACUCAGUUCUGAACCGGAAGUUCAAUACGUAGCAUUAAGAAAUAUAAAUCUUAUUGUACAAAAACGCCCAGACAUUUUAAAACAUGAGAUGAAAGUUUUCUUUGUCAAGUACAAUGAUCCAAUUUAUGUGAAACUUGAGAAAUUGGACAUUAUGAUUCGUUUAGCAUCUCAAGCAAAUAUAGCUCAAGUUUUAUCUGAGUUAAAAGAAUAUGCUACUGAAGUUGACGUAGACUUUGUUCGAAAAGCUGUAAGAGCUAUCGGCCGUUGUGCCAUCAAGGUUGAACCUUCGGCUGAACGAUGUGUUUCAACACUAUUGGAUUUAAUACAAACGAAAGUAAAUUACGUCGUCCAAGAAGCAAUUGUUGUUAUAAAAGAUAUUUUCCGAAAAUAUCCAAAUAAAUAUGAAAGUAUCAUUUCAACUCUUUGUGAAAAUUUGGAUACAUUGGAUGAACCAGAAGCGCGUGCUUCUAUGAUAUGGAUCAUUGGAGAAUAUGCAGAACGUAUUGAUAAUGCAGAUGAACUUCUUGAAAGCUUCUUAGAGGGAUUCCAUGACGAAAACACACAAGUACAAUUACAGUUGCUUACAGCAAUCGUUAAACUGUUUCUUAAACGACCUACGGAUACCCAAGAAUUGGUUCAACAAGUUCUCAGCUUAGCUACACAGGAUUCUGAUAAUCCUGAUUUAAGAGAUCGCGGAUUUAUCUAUUGGCGUUUACUUAGUACUGAUCCAGCAGCUGCCAAAGAAGUUGUGCUUGCUGAAAAACCACUAAUUUCAGAAGAAACAGAUCUUUUAGAACCAACAUUAUUGGACGAGUUGAUAUGUCAUAUUUCAAGUUUGGCAUCGGUAUAUCAUAAACCACCUACUGCUUUUGUCGAAGGUAGAGCAGCUGGUGCUAGAAAGUCAUUACCAGCUAGAAGUAAUUCAAGCGAAGAUUCAGGACAACACGCGGCGCAACUUCACGCUCAAGUUAUUCCUGCUCAGGAUUCUCUAAUAGGUGAUCUGCUUAGUAUGGAUAUUGGCGGACCAUCCAUGGUUACCUCAACUCCGACUCCUCAAGCAGGAUUAGGUUUGGACUUAUUAGGAGGUGGUCUGGAUGGAAUUUUAGGUGCUACUGACACAGCAAAUAGUGCACCAGUAGUGUCUCAAAGUACUACCGGACUUCUUGGUGACAUAUUUGGCUUCAGCCAAGGACCUACCUCUUAUAUAUUACCUAAAGUUAAUUGGUUACCUGCAGAAAAAGGCAAAGGUCUUGAUAUAUGGGGAACGUUCUCUAGGAAGAAUGGACAGAUUAGCAUGGACAUGACAUUUACAAAUAAAGCAAUGCAACCAAUGGGAGGUUUUGCAAUACAAUUGAAUAAAAAUAGUUUUGGUUUAACUCCUGCUGCGCCGUUGCAAGUACCAAGUCCUUUAAAUCCUGGAGCUAGUGUAGAAACCAAUAUAAUCUUAUCUACAGCUGGCGCCGUGCAACGCAUGGAACCUUUGAAUAAUCUUCAAGUUGCGAUAAAAAAUAAUAUCGAUAUAUUUUAUUUCGCUUGUAUUGUACCCAUGAAUAUAUAUUUCACAGAGGAUGGGCAAUUAGAUAAAAGAGUGUUUCUUAAUACAUGGAAGGAUAUACCUGCUCAAAAUGAGGUACAGAAUACAUUGAAAGGAAUAAUGCUGACUGCAGAUCAAGUUGUCCAAAAAAUGCAACAGAACAAUGUAUUUACAAUUGCCAAGAGGAAUGUAGAAGGUCAAGAUAUGUUAUAUCAAUCGCUUAAAUUAACAAAUAAUGUUUGGGUAUUAAAUGAACUGAAAAUUCAGCCAGGGAAUACUGAUGUUACAUUGUCUUUGAAAUCACGUUCAGUGGAAGUAGCAGGAGGCAUAUUUGAAGCAUAUAAUGCAAUUUUACACUCAUAAGUAGUAAAUUAAGUCAUUUCGAAAUAAAUUUAUUCGGAUUAUCAUGUGUCGCAACCAUAAUAUUCGACGAUUCGUUUAAUACAAAUCACUUACGUAUUGCGCAUAUAAUUUAUCUCAUUAAUGGUUAUGCAAACCGUUUGUUUAUAUUUUAUUAUAAUCCUAAACAAAUUUAAGAUACUGUUAAAUUAGUCAUAAAAGACCUGGAUGUAAAAUCGAAAUAAAGACAAAUUAUGUUAAUGUUAUUUAUAUA